CUCUCUUCGUCCGGCUAUUCAUAUCACGGCGAAGCAGAUCUUGUAUGUCCCCAACAAAUUGGUCCUAAUUCAUCUCUUUUUCUAUCUCUUCUCCUCCAUGCAGUGUUAGACACGGCAGGACAAGACGAAUUCAGUGCCAUGCGUGAGCUGUAUAUGCGCAAGGGUCACGGUUUCAUAAUCGUCUAUUCGGUGACGGAUCAGCAGAGCUUCCGACAAGUACGGCGUUUCUACACCCAAAUCCUGCGAGCACGGGAUCGCGACUCCUAUCCCAUGAUUCUAGCAGCCAACAAAAUUGACCUAGUGCAACAACGAGUAGUCACUCCAGAGGAGGGGCAGACUUUGGCCCAGGAACUUGGUGUACGGUAUAUUGAGACCAGUGCGAAGAAUCCCCCCGUCAAUGUGGAUCUAAUCUUUCAUGAUCUCAUUCGAAUCAUUCGGUAG